GAAGUGAGAAUGGCAGCUGAAAAUUCCUCUGUGACCGAGUUCAUCCUCGCAGGUUUGACAGACCAGCCGGGACUGCAGCUGCCCCUCUUCUUCCUGUUUCUAGGUUUCUACCUGGUCACUGUGGUGGGGAACCUGGGCCUGAUAGUGCUAAUUGGGCUGAACACUCACCUGCACACCCCCAUGUACUUCUUUCUCUUCAACUUGUCCUUCAUCGAUUUCUGCUAUUCCACUGUCAUCACUCCCAAAAUGCUGAUGAGCUUUGUCUUAAAGGAGAAUCUCAUCUCUUACGCAGGGUGCAUGACUCAGCUCUUCUUCUUCCUUUUCUUUGUUGUCUCGGAGUCCUUUGUCCUGUCGGCCAUGGCCUAUGACCGCUAUGCUGCCAUCUGUAACCCACUGGUAUAUGCGGCCGCCAUGUCUCCCCACGUCUGCCUCCUCCUCCUGCUGGGUGUGUAUGUGAUGGGGUUUGCUGGUGCCAUGGCCCACACCGCCUGCAUGGUGAGGCUGGUCUUCUGUGCCAACAACCUGGUCAACCACUACAUGUGUGAUAUCCUGCCGCUGCUAGAGCGUUCAUGCAGCAGCACCUCUGUAAAUGAGCUAGUCGUUUUUAUCGUUGUGGGCAUUGACAUUGGGGUGCCCACAAUCACCAUCUUCAUCUCUUAUGCCCUCAUCGUCUCCAGCAUCCUCCGAAUGAGCUCCACAGAGGGCAGGGCCAAAGCCUUCAGCACCUGCAGCUCCCACAUCAUUGCUGUUUCUCUCUUCUUUGGCUCAGGAGCUUUCAUGUACCUCAAACCAUCCUCUCUUUUACCCAUGAACCAGGCGAAAGUCUCCUCCUUGUUCUAUACCAUUGUGGUGCCCAUGCUUAACCCACUCAUCUAUAGCCUGAGAAAUAAGGAUGUCAAAAUUGCUCUGAAGAAGACCUUAAGGGGGGUCGGAUGGUAG